CACGAAUUAUUGUGUUAGAGCUCCAGUCCAACUGAGUUCACUUUCCCUCCUGCAAUAGACCCGCCUGGACGCACCACUCACACACGCCGACUCUCAAAAGCUCUGAAUAACAGCUGAUCGACGUCCAACAAGGCGAUGAAUCGAGCAAUCUUUCUGCCGCUACUUCUGUUAGCGUUGGCCGAUUGCAGUGUUUCUCUGAGAAGCGAUAAUAUGUGUCCUCAGGAGGUGGCCGCCCCCUGUCACCAACUGACGGGGAACACUCCAGUGGGCUGCUACGACAUUACCUACACAGAACCGAAUAUGACUGUACUUGGUGCGGGACGAGGCAACCCUGAGAGAGGAUUCUACACCUAUACAGAGACCAGCACCUCGAACUGGAACCCUCUCAACGUUGCAGAUCUCCAGUCGUUUGUCCAGCAAGGCUACACGCUUAUAUUUAGAUAUGUGAUACUGGACACCUUCGUUAACAGCAAUAUUUCCGACGACAUCCUGCUGAAGAUCGGAGAGGAUUUUGACACCUUGAGGGAGGCUGGGAUGAAGGUGUUGUUGAGGCUCUGUUACUCCAUCAGCGAGUCUAUUAAAAGUGAUGCCAAGCUUAACCAGUUGCUCUCUCAUCUGAACCAGCUGACACCCAUCCUGGACGAACAUGCUGGGGUGAUAGCAGUGGUGCAGGCUGGUUUUAUCGGGGUGUGGGGGGAAUGGUACUACACCGAAAACUACGGUGACGAAGGAGUCAUCUCUCAAGCCAACUGGAUGGAUCGUGGCACUGUGCUCUCCCAGCUAAUGAACGCUAUCCCGGCCUCCAGGCACAUCCAGUUACGGACGCCUAAGUACAAGAAAGUGCUCCUGAACAGAACCUCCCCCAUCACCAAGAACGAGGCCUACUACGACACAAUGGUAGCGAGGUUGGGAAUCCACAACGACUGCUUCCUGGCGUCGGACACUGACUACGGCACCUACGAGAACAUAGCGGUAGACUAUCCCUUCCUACAGGAGGAGACCAAAUACCUUCCUAUGGGUGGCGAGACUUGCAACUACAACCCCCCCAGGUCAGACUGUCCCACGGCCUUGAAGGAGUUGAGAGAGCUGCACUUCACCUACCUCAACAACGGGUACCAUGAAGGUGUUCUCAACAGCUGGAAGACACAGAGCUGCUACAACGAGGUACAGUUUAGUUAUGGUAAGCUGUUGUGCAUCCCGCAUGCCCUGUCCCUGCGGCUCCUGCCAGUCGCCCACCCCCAGAGGACGGAUGCUGUGCCCUGCCAGCUGCUGCAUCCUCAAGCAGCCGUAGUUUCAUUGAAGGUCAGUUUUCACAUCAGAGAGUCUACAGCACCGGAUGCAGACAAGACCCUUGAAGACUUCCCGCGCAUCAAGAGUCUGAAUUACCGACCGCGCAGGACUGCCCGAGGUUUGCUGGAGUUACGCAACACCCCGAACUUCACCGGACGCUCCCCAGCUCCAGGUUCUAUACGGCAUCAUCUCAGGUCUUGUGUUCCUGCCCACCCAAAGUUCUUCGAGAGUGGCAGGCCAAGACUGAGGAAUGUGACCGCCGGCAGCAGAAUCCAGCCGCAAAUGUCGCUGCUCGGGUAUGACUGUCGGGCGGUCUCGGCCCUUCCCAGUUGA